AUGGGCUGGUGACGUAAGACGCAGCGCGCUGGCCGGGUAUAAAAGAGAAGAGACUCUGAGGAGGAAGACACAAACGGUACUUGGAGUUUGAAGAGAGUAGGUUGCGGUGUGUUUCUCUAAAAGCCGGAGUAAAGCAACAUGGCCCGUACAAAGCAGACUGCCCGUAAAUCAACUGGUGGAAAGGCUCCUCGCAAGCAGUUGGCCACCAAGGCAGCCAGGAAGAGUGCCCCCUCUACUGGCGGUGUGAAAAAACCACAUCGUUAUAGGCCAGGAACUGUAGCUCUUCGUGAGAUCCGUAGGUACCAGAAAUCCACAGAACUCCUUAUCCGCAAGCUGCCCUUCCAGCGACUGGUGAGGGAAAUUGCCCAGGAUUUCAAAACUGACCUGAGGUUCCAGAGUGCAGCCAUUGGUGCUUUGCAGGAGGCUAGCGAAGCUUACUUGGUUGGCUUGUUUGAGGAUACCAAUCUCUGUGCCAUCCAUGCUAAGAGAGUGACCAUCAUGCCCAAGGAUAUCCAGCUUGCCCGCAGAAUACGGGGAGAGCGAGCAUAGUUGGCUUUCUUGUAGUAAAUUCUGUAAUAUACUUAAUCUUGUGAAAUGUUUUGUAUGACCUGUUUAUAAUGUCUCCAGAACCAUUCCAUCUGUCACUCAGGGUGAAUCCUUAUUCUGUUAAUAGAUGCCUCCUACUACAAAGUCACUCAUAAAAUGGAGAGAUGAUAGGGGGUGGGUGCUCCUAGCUUGUUUAUACAUGAUUUUUGUUUAUUUGCCCCCCCCCCCCCCCCCCCCUUCUCAGCAUGUGGCUAGCUUUUUAAAACAGCAUAGUGAAACUAGAGGGCUGGGAUCAAAAAAUGGUGCUAAGGACCAGCCUUUAGACUACCAUAUUUAUAAAUCAAAUAUGGCCUUACAGGAGCACCAUUGCAUAUGGUGUUUUGUUUUCUCAUACCUACGGAGGAGAAAGUGAUCUUCCUCCCUAUUGCUCCUGUUGGAAACUGGUUGUUUUAAUCAUGGACUGUUAGCUGGACAUCACAGUGCAAAAUACUAAACCAGCAGUAUGGCCAGUUGUGCUUUUUAGAUGGCUGACUUGAUCAAACAAUACACAUGACUAUUUAAAUAACAUUUUACAUCACUUAAAUAAGCUAAAAAUAAAAGGGUUUUAUCAUUUUCUCACAGAGCAUUUCUUUCAUGAGUGUGAGCUGCCCUGUUGCUUGCCUCGUGUGUGGUAGAGCAGUGUUGUGAAAUCUUACUAUGCAGAGUGCUGAUGAUCUGAUCUAGUGCAAACUCUCUUAAUGGGAUGUCAUCAAAGAAAUGUGGGGCUCACAGUGAGCAAUAAACCCUUUGUAGAGUGGCGCAUGACUAUUAUAGGCUAGUAACUAGUCACUUGCCCCCACUUUUAAAGUGAACGUGGUGCUUUUAGAAUCCCACUUUUGAGGCCAGGUGGUUAAAUUCAUCCAAGCAAUACAGCAUCAGUCCCCAGAUAGUUGAUAUGUACACUGUUUCUAUAUUUUACACUAUGCAAAGUAAAAUAAGUAUUACAGCAGUAAAUAUGGCUUGGCUUUUCCCCUUCCUAGUACCAAAGCCUACCGGCGUGGUCCCUUUGCCAAUUACCUAAUGGUGUGGGAGAAAGUGUUUGGGUGCUUAGCAGAUAAUGUGUAAGCCAGGCAGCUACAGCUCACAAAUGUGUAUUUUCAAGAGCUAUUUUAUAUAUUGUAGUGUUGACGUUUUAAAUUAAAUGUUUUACAUUCA